GGUUAAAGAAUCAUCGACAUGUGAUAUUAAUUAAUUAAUUGAUUAUACAUUAUGUCAUACAUAUAAACGUGGACCAUUAGUUUUUUCUGUACCCCUGGGAUGUAUCCGUGGAGGCUUAUAUUGAUUCUUUUGGGAAUAUCACCUGUUCUAUGUGUAUACAAAGAUGUUGUCUUCAUGGUCGACAAAUCCACAUCCCUAAACAGCACAGAAUUUGACAAGUCUCUCCAGUUUGUUCAUGACGUCAUACAAUUGUUAGAUAUAGGACUAUCGGACACCCUAGCCUCUCUGGUGACGGUUUCUACCCCACCCACCGAAAUAUUCGACUUGAAGGAUCACACUGACAAGUCGGAUUAUUUACAAGCCAUCAAUGACCUUAUGGGAAAGGGAACGUCAGGCGACGGCAACAUUAAACGCGGUCUUAACUUUGUGUGGGAAAACUCCUUUAAAACCAGUCCCAUCAAUCGGACCAACCCGGAACCGGAAAGAGUGGUCAUAUUGCUGUCAAGCACUGUCACAACAGACAAUGCGGCUGGCACUGUUGCUGUCGCGGACAAGAUUCGAACCGACUACAAUGCCAGCAUUUUCACCCUUGGUGUCGGACCUGAGGUCUAUGCACAAAACACAGAACUGAGAGGCGUUGCUAAUGACCCGGAUGCCAAUUUCACGCACUUUGUGGAUACCUUUGAUGAUCUUUGGUGUGUUGUUCCAAUCAUCGUAGCUAAAAUAGACCCCUCUACAUCACUAAUUCCGUACACAAACUGUACACUGAAACCACUGCCCCCGUUCCCAUCAGCCACGACAGAACCACUAUCUACCACAACAUCUCAAACGUCAACAACAUCCAAUGAAAUAACAAGUUCAACCUCUAUAACAACAACAGCUACAACAGGAGUUACAGCUUCUACAACGUCCCAGGCCAGCACAGCAACCCCAUCAACACUGUCGUUGUCUACGUCAUCACUCAGCAGAACAUCGUCAUCCACAGCAUCUUCAUCAGCGACCACGCAACACGCUUCAACAACGCCUACUAUUCUGGGACCUGCGGAGUCGGCCGCCUCCACUUCGGAGUCUUCCGGUGGUUCUGGUACCGCAACCAUCGCCGGUGCAGUGGUUGCCAUUUUAGCUGCUGCUGUUGCAGGCGCGAUUCUUCUGAUAUUAUUUAUCAGAAAAAGACGUUCCUCUCCCGGUAGAGAAGAAGGGUCCAUCUUGGCCAUUGUUCGACAGUAUAAAUCUGCGCCGAUUGGUCCCUCAAAGGCAACCUUCUCGUAUCACAGAUUCUAGAUCAGCCACCGUUGAACGUGAAUAACGUAAAUAACGUUCAGAGAUACGGCCUAUCUUUGUUGGAAAUGGAACUUUUGUCCCUCAUGCUGUGUUAUAUCAUAGCAGGGAUAACAUUUUCGUUAAAAGUAUUAGUACAUGUGUGUAUAAAUCUAUGAUUAAAAUAUCAUAAAUGAAAAUGAAACAGGGGACCAGGCGACUGUAUGAGGGUUCGAUGUUCGAUAUAUGGAUGCGCAGCAUGAUUUGGUUAGAUUACAAGCAAAUGGCGCUUAUUCAAUGCCGUGUGAGAUUUACAAGUACCUGUAACUGGAACACUAAAUUUUCUUUAUAAUACAAGAAACAGUGUACUUUGUAUUUUUUACAAAAAUAUCCUAAAUAUCCCGAAUAUCCUAGCACUACAUUGACGAAUGACGUAUGUACGGAUGUUACGUAUGAAGACGAGUAAAUGAGUUCAUCAGUCCAUAGACAUUAACAGAAUUCCAAUGAUUAUGUUGUGAUUAUGUUUUUGUUUAAAUUUUCAGCUCAAAUCAAACGUUUUUCGUAAUACUGUGCGCUGUUGUAUA